AUGGUGUCUUUCAAAAGCCUUUUCGUCGCCGCUUGCGCCGCAGUGAGCGCCCUUGCCCUGCCCAGCGAUGUGGACAGCAGAGCCGUCAUCACCACCAGCCAGCAAGGAACCAGCGGUGGCUACUUCUUCUCGUUCUGGACCAACGGCGGCGGUAGCGUCAACUACGCCAACGGUGCAUCGGGUCAAUACGCCGUGAGCUGGAGCGACUGCGGCUCGUUCACCUCCGGCAAGGGCUGGGCGACUGGUUCUGCCCGGAACAUCAACUUCUCCGGAUCCUUCAAGCCCUCUGGUAACGCCUACCUUGCUGUGUACGGCUGGACCAAGAGCCCUCUCGUCGAGUACUACAUCAUGGAAAGCUACGGCGAGUACAACCCCGGCAGCAGCAUGACCAAGAAGGGAACCGUCACCAGUGAUGGAUCCGUUUAUGAUAUCUACACCCACGAGCAGGUGAACCAGCCUUCCAUCUCCGGCACUGCCACCUUCACCCAGUACUGGUCUAUUCGUCGCUCCAAGCGCUCCAGCGGAACCGUCACCACUAAGAACCACUUCGAUGCCUGGGCCUCGCUCGGCAUGAGCCUCGGCUCUCACGACUACCAGAUCGUGUCCACCGAGGGAUACCAGAGCAGUGGCUCUUCGUCUAUCACUGUCUCCUAA